CCCGCUGUUGGAAGAGGGAACUGCUUCCUUGCCCUUCGCUGCUUUCUUUGGGCUGCUGCUCAUCCGGAAUGGCACUGUCACUGUGGAAGGGGCUGGUGGGCAUUGGCCUCUUUGCCCUAGCACACGCGGCCUUUUCUGCUGCUCAGCAUCGUUCUUAUAUGCGAUUAACAGAAAAGGAAGAUGAAUCACUACCAAUAGAUAUAGUUCUUCAGACACUUCUGGCCUUUGCAGUUACCUGUUAUGGUAUAGUUCAUAUUGCAGGGGAGUUUAAAGACAUGGAUGCCACUUCAGAACUAAAAAAUAAGACAUUCGACACAUUAAGGAAUCACCCAUCAUUUUAUGUAUUUAAUCACCGUGGUAGAGUACUGUUCCGGCCUUCAGAUACAACAAAUUCUUCAAACCAAGAUGCAUUGUCCUCUAACACAUCAUUGAAGAUACGAAAACUUGAAUCACUACGUCGUUAAGAUUUUUGCAAAUCAUAACAAUGGUACAGGACACAGAGCUGGAAUAAUGGAGUUUGGGGUAUAAAACACUCCCUCAUCAAUAUUUAUAUUGAUCUUUUAGACCUAACUAAAAAAGUCUGUGGCCCUUGUUUGUACACUGUAAUCAAACUAUUAUUUUUGGGGGGAGAAUGUCAAGAUUUAUUUAUUUUUUUUAAUUGAAU